AUGGCAGCUUCCAGGAAGCCGCCAGCACUCCUUGUCUAUCUUUUCUUUUUUGCACUCAAUCUUUGUAUCUUUCCCAUUCUCUGCGCGUCAGUUGACGUAGAGAAUGUUGAGUCUAUCUUUUCCAGAUCUCUUGUGCCACGAGAGCAGAGCGCAGCCGCCGGUGCGUCUGGCUCUGGAGACUUCAGCUGCGGUCCAGACAAGCCCUGCUCCAACAAGGCUUGUUGUGGUAAGGAUGGCUGGUGCGGCUUUGGAGACAAAUACUGCGGCAAAGGCUGUCAAUCUCACUGUGACGCCAAAGCUGACUGUGGUGUCAACGCUGCUAAGCCAGGCCAGACUUGCCCUCUGAAUGUAUGUUGCUCUCAGUAUGGCUUCUGUGGAACUACUUCAGAGUUCUGUGGUAAGUCUUGCCAAUCGAACUGCAGCCAGCCUAAGCCCAAGUCAUCACCUACAAACGUUCGGAAACGUGUAGUUGGUUAUUGGGAAGCAUGGAACGAUCAGCAUGCGUGCGGUAAGAUGGGUAUUGGUUCAAUCCCUGUGAACUACCUCACGCAUCUCAUUGUAUCUUUUGCAUACAUCGACUCGAAUUUUCGUGUCACAAACAUGGAUGGUCUGAGUUCAGAUGUGUAUAGGAACGUUGGUGAACUGAAGGCCCGGAACCCGGGGCUGAAGAUCAUGAUUGCAUUGGGAGGCUGGACUUUUAACGAUCCCGGCCCUUGGCAGAGCGUAUUUCCCACCAUGGUAUCCAGUCAAGCGAAUCGUGCAACAUUCAUCCGUAACCUCUUGGGGUUCUUGUCAGAAUACGGUUAUGAUGGGGUUGAUUGGGAGUAUCCCGGAGCCAAGGACCGUGGUGGCUCUGACAAGGAUGGAGAUAACUAUACUGCACUUCUCAAAGAGCUUCGUGAGGCUUUUGCUACGAGCGGACGAGAUUAUAUCUCAACUUUCACAGCCCCUACCUCUUACUGGUACCUUCGCCAUUUCGAUGUCAAGAACAUGUCAGAACAUGUUGAUUGGAUCAACCUCAUGUCAUAUGAUCUUCAUGGUGUUUGGGAUGGAGACAACCCAAUUGGCAAACAUAUUCUCUCCCAUACUAACCUGACGGAGAUCGACCUUGCUCUCGAUCUGUUCUGGCGCGUUGAUGUAAAACCUUCAAGCAUUGUUUUGGGCUUGGGCUUCUACGGCCGAUCGUUUACUCUCGCUUCAAGCUCGUGUUGGAAGCCGGGCUGCGCCUUUACUGGUCCCGGCGCUGCGGGACCUUGUACAAAUACGGCAGGAAUCCUGUCCUACAAAGAGGUCAAGGAUAUCUUGAGAAGCACUGGCGCCACUUCAUACCUGGACAAAGAGGCAGCUGCGCGAUAUCUGGUCUACGCUGGGAACAGCUGGAUUUCCUAUGAUGAUCCGUCAACUAUCCAGGCCAAGAUCGACUAUGCCAAUAAGAUAGGACUGUCUGGAGUAAUGAUCUGGGCUAUCGACCUCGACGAUAGCAGCCUUGAGUCGCUCCGCGCUGUGUCAGAUCCUUCCUUGCUCGAAAGUGUAGACAGCGACUUUGACCUAGUCGACUUGGAUAAGCUGUUCCCCAAGCAGUAUCUCCCUGCGUCUGGAAGCAAGCCAUCGUACGGUUUGAUAACAUUUGGAGGUUCUGACGGAACUGAUCCUACCUCAUCUGCCUUUGGCUUCCUUCUUUUGGCGGGUGACUCGCAUGUCGUCAGCAGCCUCCGCAAACGAGACGGCCAGCCCGAGCCGUUUGUCUUCCUCGACUGUCCCGAGGAUGUCCUCGAUCUUCCCAAAGAUGCUGCUCGUACUGCGCGUGUUACAUGUGUUAGUGGCGAUCUGGAAGGGUGCUACCAGAUCAUGGAGCGUGGCAUCGAGGGAACUAUUGUCGAGAUGCCUGAUAGCGUUUUCGACUUUUCCUUCGAUUUCAACUUCAAGCUCAUGCGCCGGGACUCCAACAACACCAGCAUCCGCAUGGACUACUCCAACACUCCUGGGUACUGGGACCAGCUAGUCGAUCGUCCUGGUAUCCAGUCUCGAGAUUUACAGCAUCUCGACGAGCGAUUCUUUGCACCAUCUGACCUUGAAUGGAACUCUGUCUACGACGACACAGACAAGUUCAAGUUUGAUCCGGGAUCUGCCACCAAGAUCAAGAAGGAUUUGAGUGCACCGCUUUACUGGCAGACUGUUGAUGGGUGCGCCAUCAAUGGAACCGAUUAUAGCGAAGGCUUCGGUGCUUAUGUCAAUGGCGAAAUUGAUGCUUCCUUCUACUACGGAUUCUCUUUAAUUGGAACAGAAAAAGGCGGAUCCUGGGACGCCAAACAAUCUCAUGGAUUUCUCCAAGUUCGAGGCCAGAGCGACAUGACCUUCGGUUUUGGCGGUAUCGGUACCGUUGAUGUUACGAAAGCAGGCAAGGGAAACCCUGCCACUUUGGACAAAGACAGCAGAGUCAAUCUUGAUGGCCACGUUAUCAAUGCAGGCCAUACCAGUGGCUUGGCUUCAUUCCAGCCGUAUUAUGAUGUUACUUACCAUCUUGCUACAUUCAACGGUACUGACCGCGACAACGAAAACCCCGCUGCAUCUUUCAACGGACGUCUGAGUGCUCGUGUUGUCUCUGACUUUGGAAAGUUCCAGGCGGAUUUUCCUGUCAAGGACGACCACAACGACCCGGAUAAGUUUGGGAACAAGCGCAAGAAGGACCAGUUCGAGUUGGGUAGCAACAAUGUGCUUUACGGCUCUCCUGAAAACGGUGGCGCGAUUACAAUCGGCAGUCAGGUUACGUUUGGCCUCAACAUCGAGUUUUUCCUGUACAGAGACCUAUUUCAUGUCGAAAGUGGAUUGCCAAAUCUCUCCCUCUCCUACAGCACCUUAUCAACUUUCACCUUCGGCCCGAGUAAGAAAAAUUCGGAUGAGUCGUGCGCCAAGUACGAACUCUCGGAGUCCAUCGGCUGGGACGCGCUAGAGGGCUCUGCUCGUCUUGUUUCAGAGACGCAAACGCCAGAAAAUGGAGCGCAAUGCUUCAAAAACGCCGAUAUUUCUACUGCUUCCAGGUCUAAGCGCACGCCAAAUCCGUUGUCCUCUGACCCAGACUUUAACGAGACUCUUCUAUCUGAUGCAGCAGAAGACGAAACACGCCUGAUGUCUCUUGCUCGCCGACAAUCCAAGCAGUUGUAUGGCUGGGAUAUACUUCCGGGUGUAACCAUAACCAAGGGCAACCUUGGCCUUGAUGAGGAAUUGGGCAAUGGCCAGCCAAAACUGAACUGCGUCAACUGCGAAGGUUGUCGUGACUUCGGCGAGGAGUCAAGCGAUCUGUGCUGUGGUUGUGUUAAUAUGCAACAGAAGUGGGGGUUUUCAGACAUACCACCUUGUCCUGAUUGCGAUAGCCUCGGCGACUUCCCAGAUUGGCGGACCAAUGUCAACAGGUACCUGGGCACCCUGAAGGUAAACCAUGCUCGAGGUGAAGACGAAAGAAAUCAUGAUACGGAGGCCCUGCCCGUACCCGAGUCCCCUGCACACAAGUUGCAUCGUCGAAAGGUUGGAUCGGCUACCAUGAUGACCAAGGAAGUAAGUGUGUGUCCUGAUGGCCCCAACGACAAGGAGGGACUUCGAUCCCCUUACCAGUACCCAGCAUUCCCUAGUGACCCUUUCUAUCCCUGGGAGGGGAUUCAGAGAGGGAAAUGGGAUUCCGUCUCUCGAUAUUGGGGAAAUACCUCCGAUUUCUGCCACUGGUGGGGAGUUAAAGGUUUAUCUAAGGCCGACAAGGUUUGGGUGAAGGAUAAGCAUACAGGCGUUGUUUCACAGGUCCGAGCCGAUUACCAGACUGAGCACGUAUUCGAGGGCCAGGUGAUCGGAGACUUCUUCAAUUAUUGGCUUGAUAAAGGUUACGUUCGCAACCAGGAACCCAUGCCUACAAACCCGCAGCCUAAAGUCCCCUGUAGUUGGACACGCGAAUGGGUCAGGAACAAAAAGACCAACCCGAACUGGAAGAUCAACUUAGCCCAAAAACCCAAGAUAAUACUCGCUUCUUUUGCAGAAAUAUUACUUUCAGAGCUGGGUAGCGCAUCGCAUCUUGACAGAUUGACUCUUUUCCUAGCCAGGCCCAAUCUGAAGAAGGGAUGUAUGUUCACCGGAGUUAAUCCCACUGAUCCUGACAAAUACGACCGCAUGUCGUCCGAUGAGCAACUCCAACAUGUCAAAGAAAUGGGAAUGGUUUUCAAUUAUCUUAACAACCAACAAGUAUGGGAUAAGUACUGCGCCGUCUACGAAGCCAUCUAUGACCAUAUGGGUGAUUUCGACACCUGGUACGCGACCAACGGUGCUGGCGUCACGAUCCCCAAUCUUCAGAAAGAAUGGAAAGACUACAACCGCAUACUUCUAGACUCGAUCGUUCGACGAAUGAGAAUACUGAUGGAACAUUUCUGGAAUAACAAAGAGUAA